AUGGGCUACCACUUCAAUGAGUGGAUCACUGGCAUUGGAAGGACUAAUGAAGGCAAACACACCAGCUACAUGGGAGCAGGAAACAAGACAGAAGUAUCAGUAUUCCAAAAAAAAAAAAAAAAAGAAGUAUCAGUAUUCCUCCUUCUGGGCCUCUCAGAAGAUCCAGAACUACAGCCUCUCCUCUUUGGCUUGUUCCUGUCCAUGUACCUGGUCACUGUGCUGGGAAACCUGCUCAUUAUCCUGGCUAUCCUCUUUGACCCCUAUCUCCACACCCCUAUGUACUUUCUCCUCUCCAACCUGUCCCUUGUUGACAUCUGUUUCACCUCCACCACCAUCCCCAAGAUGCUGCUGAACAUCCAGGCACACAGCAAAGAUAUUUCCUAUAUAGGAUGCAUCACUCAGGUGUAUUUUUUUAUGGUUUUUGUUGGAAUGGAUGAUUUCCUCUUGACAGUGAUGGCUUAUGACAGGUAUGUGGCCAUCUGCCACCCCUUGCACUACACUGUCAUCAUGAACCCACAACUCUGUGUCCUCCUGGUUCUGAUUUGUUGGCUCACCAUUUUCUGGGUUUCCCUGAUUCAUAUUCUACUGGUAGGGCGGUUGACUUUCUGUCCAGGCAUGGAACUUCCACAUUUCUUCUGUGAACUGGCUCAGAUUCUCAAGGUGGCCUGCUCUGACACCCUCAUCAAUAACAUCUGCUUGUAUGUUGCCACUGCCCUGUUGUGCAUGUUUCCUCUCACCGGGAUCCUCUUCUCUUACUCUAAGAUUGUCUCCUCCUUAAUGAGGAUGACCUCCACUGAGGGCAAGUAUAAAGCAUUUUCUACUUGUGUGUCUCAUUUCUCUGUAUUCUCUUUGUUCUAUGGCACAAGCCUGGGGGUCUACCUCACAUCUGCUGUGACACAUUCUUCCCAGAGAAGCUCGGUUGCUUCAGUGAUAUACACUGUGGUCACCCCCAUGCUGAACCCCUUCAUCUACAGCCUGAGGAACAAGGAUGUGAAAGGAGCCCUGCAGAUCAUGUUGGGCCUCCCAGAGACAUGGGUGGUGAAUUCCCUGCCUAGAUCAUCUCCUUGA